CCCCUCCCCCAUCCCAGAGCCAUUUAAUACUUCAUUGCCUCCCCCCUCAGUCACAUUUGGGAUCCAGCAGUUGCUGCUCAGAGUCUGGGAAUUGUGUUUGUUCCCAUCUCCUGCCUGACUGACGGUAAAAUCAGAGCUUAGAAGCAUCCGGAUGGAAGCAGAUAUGGACCGAGGACUCUCCUUUCCGGGGGAAGAGCGGAUUCAGAUCUCUAGAGACAUCAUGGAUUGCCAGUUGUUAAGUUUUCCAUUGGUCACAUUGGAAAGGAUAAAAUCCGACCCAGUGGAAAAUCACACAAAAAGGGAUGCUGUCCAGGGGAAAAGCGCACAAUUAAAAACCUGGCCUCAUGGGGACAACAGAGUCAAUGCUGGUGUUACUGGCUUUAGACUUAUUCCUCAUGGAAAAGGAAAUGAGAAUAAAAGUAACAGGUUGGCUGAACAACAAAAGGAUUUAAAGAACUACAAGGACAGAGAAGCUAAAAUGGACAAUGAUAUAAAGAGGACUUUAACAUUACGAGGUGAAAAAAUUAUAAUUUCCUCAUUAAUUCAUGAAAGUCAUAAACUGUCUGCACAAAGAACAAAGAGAAGUGUGAUCUCUAGUGCCCAGAGCACCAUCAAACCUUUUGUCUGUACAAAGUGUAAGAGACGACUCUGUAGUAAGAGGAAACUUCUCUCCCACAAACGUAUUCACACUGGGAGGCCAUUUGUCUGUGCUGUUUGUGGGAAAUACUUCUCAGACAGAAUCAUCCUCCAAGCUCACCAGUGGCUUCAUACUGGGGAGAAACCAUUCACCUGCACUCAGUGUCAUGAAAACUUUCUGUACAAAAGAGACCUUCAUCAACAUCAGCAAAUCCACCAAAAGCACAAACCAUAUGUCUGUUCUACAUGUGGGAAACAACUGAAGAGCAAACUCACUCUUAACCAACAUAUGAAAACUCACAGCAACAUAAAACCUUUUGCCUGUUCUGAGUGCAGCAAAUCCUUCCAAUUCAAGGCCCAUCUUCACAGGCAUCAAAGAGUCCACACUGGAGUGAAACCAUAUACUUGUAAUGAAUGUGGAAAAAGUUUUUCUCAGCUUGGAACGUUAAAGGACCACUGUCAAAUUCACACCGGUGAAGAGCCAUUUGCUUGUUCUGAAUGUGGAAAAAGAUUUAAGUUCAAAAAGACUCUUCGAUUGCACCUGUUGUGUCACACUGGGGAGAAGCCAUUUUCCUGCUCAGAGUGUGGUAAAUCAUUUAGAUUAAAGUCCAAUCUUCAAACCCACCAACGUGUUCACACCGGAGAGAAACCAUUUGAGUGUAUAGAGUGUGGGAAAUGUUUCCGGAUAAAGACUAAUCUUGAGUCACAUCGACUAACCCACACUGGGAUUAAAUCAUUUGAAUGCUCUGAGUGUGGGAGGCAAUUCAGUCGCAAGUACAGACUAAUUCAGCACCAGUUAAUUCACACCGGGGAGAAGCCGUUUGAAUGUGCCACGUGUGGUCAACGGUUUAAUCGCAAAUUUACCCUCAAUAAACACCAGUUAGUCCACACUGGAGAGAAACCCUAUGUCUGUACUGAGUGUGGAAAGGGCUACAAGGAUAAGAGGGGCCUAGUCACUCAUCUUCGGACUCACACAGGAGAGGCAGGUAUUCCUUGUACUGAGUGUAGGAAAACCUUCCUAUCGGAGAAAAACCUUAAUAUCCACAUGCAGACUCACACCGGGUUGAAGUCGUUUGCCUGUAAAGAGUGUGGGAAAUCCUUCUCACAUAAGGCAUAUUUUGAGACUCACAAACUAAUGCAUGCUGGGAUAAAACCCUUUGAAUGUACCGAGUGUGGGAAGCAGUUCAUGCAAAAGCGACUUUUAAAAAGUCACCAGUUAAGUCACACUGGAGAGAAGCCUUUUGUCUGUCCGGAGUGUGGGCAGGGGUACAAGAAAAAGCAAAGCCUCCAAAAUCACCUCCUCUGUCACACAGGGGAGAAACCAUUUGCAUGUAAAGAGUGUGGGAAAAAAUUCCAUGUGCAGAAACAGCUCAAUAGCCACAAACUGACACACAGUAAGGAGAAACCAUUUGUAUGCUCUGAAUGUGGGAAACAGUACAAAGACAAGAAAGGACUCCAAAAGCACCAGCUAACCCACACAGGGGAGAAGCCUCAUGUCUGUACUGAGUGUGGGACAAGUUUUAGAGAUAGGCAUCAGCUCAGGAUUCAUCUUCGCACUCACACUGGAGAGACGCCAUUUAAAUGUGAAGACUGCGGGAGAGUUUUCUCUACAAACCAGAACCUCAAGGUCCAUAAAGUGACACACACUGGAGAAAAGCCAUUUACCUGUGAGAAGUGCGGCAAGAGCUUCACACAGAAGACGAAUCUGAGCACUCACCAGCUGACUCACACUGGGGAAAAGAACUUUAAGUGCGAGGAGUGUGGGAAAUGUUUCUCCCGUAAAGAUUCCCUUAGGGUUCAUCAGCGGAUUCACACUGGGGAGAAACCAUAUAAAUGCAAUGAGUGAGAGGAAAGCUUCUGCCGGAAGGAUCUUCUCCAGACUCAUGAGUUCACCCAUAUUGGAAUAAAAACGUUCAGCUGUGAAGUGUGUGGGGAAAAGUGUCUGCGUAAGUGCAGCCUUAAUAAACAUCAGCACAUUCACAGGGACACGAAUAUGGAUUACUGGUCUGAUACAGACUCUGAGCAAUCCCUAUACACUGAUAAAUCUACUCAAUAGAUGGGCAUAACUUACUCAUGGGGCCUAGUGCAACUCAACUUUCUUAGGGUACCUUGUUUUUUUUCUUUUGUGACCUCCUAUCAUGUCUAUAAGGGGGUAAAGGGGGAUAUUACGAGAUGCCAGCAAUGUUUGCAACCAACUCAAAACUUAUUUCUAUAAGUAUAAAUUUACUGUAUACAAAACCUUUUAAUAUUUUUGCAACUCUAAAAACAAACCCUUGCCCAAAUGAUACAGACCACCAACUCAGUAAGAGAGGACAUUUGUAAACCAAUAAAACAAAUGUAUCUCCUAGGGAGCUGACUUCUCUAAUUUUAUGAUGUAAUUAAAUAUUUUAUAUAUUUUUAACUUUUUAAAACUUCUCCUUAAACCUUUUGUUUUCCCUUUGAUUACUAUGUAUUUGUUGGAAUGGAUUUUAAGCGUGGAUUUUGAAUUAUAUUGUGGAGGAGGUUUGAUGCUCCUUAUAGAAUUCUACACCCUCUGCGUAUUCAUUUCUCACAUACUUUAUCUGUUUGCUUUAAUUAGGUCUUUAGCAAUUGCAGGUGCUUCAGCUUUAGGCUUGGGCCACACAGGGGCGAAAUCCACCCGCUGAAAUAAGCUCUCUUCUCUGCAUUGAGAAUCGUGUGUCUCUGCAUUUUGAGCCGAAUAUGGAAAAGAGAGGAGGCUUCUGCCUGGAGUAGGGCUAAAAUCAGCCAGGGGAUUUCAGCCCCUGUGUGGCCAUAGGUUUAGGGAUUUCCAGAAUCUCUAAUUUAUUAUUUUAUGACCUUGUAGAAAUAAUAAACGUGUUUUUGUAAAAUUUUUCUUUCUUAUUAAAAGAUACUAAAAUGUA